AUGGACUCUGGAGGAACCAGAGGGACGGCGGAGUAUGUGACGAGGACAGAGUUCAGCUCUGAGAAACAUGUCUUGGUGUCCCGCCUGUCCACUAUGUUCAUUCCGGAUGGGAGUCUGGUCAGUGCUCUGGACGCCGCUGGACGGACACAGGCCACCACCACAGACUCCUGGCACGUCCCCUCUGGACCCUCAGGACCAGACGGGACCAUCUUAGAGGAUCUCACCCUGGCCUCCCAGUCUUGUACCACCACCUCAGACCAGUCCAAGGCCUCUCAGCCAUCCAAACAACCUCAGGCUCCAUCUAAAAGCACAAUACAACGAGCUGACCUCGAUCUAAACCAGAACACAACUGUUAGGUCUGAGGAGGUUGUCGUUCCGGAAGCACAAGUCAGUAACAACGUCCUAGUGGGUCGUUGUAAAUGUCAGCAGAACAUGGAGGAAGAUCAGGGCAAUGAAAAGCACAACCAGAAUCUGGAGCAGAGGUACCAGGAUGUUAGAGGCAGUGAAGGGAAGGCAGCUGAGGAACACCAAGAUGCUAGAGGUAGUGGGGGGAAGGCAGUUGAGGAACACCAAUAUGCUAGAGGUAGUGAAGGGAAGGCAGUUGAGGAACACCAAUAUGCUAGAGGUAGUGGGGGGAAGGCAGUUGAGGAACACCAAAAUGCUAGAGGUAGUAGAGGGGAGGUAGUUGAGGAACACCAAGAUGCUAGAGGUAGUGGGGGGAAGGCAGCUGAGGAACACCAAGAUUCUAGAGGUAGUGGGAGGAAGGCAGCUGAGGACCACAAGGUUAUUCCCCCUGAUAUGAACCACAACUCACCUGCCAAGUUAGGCACAAAUGUGAUUCAAUCUGUUGAAACCAGAAGCUUGAAGAAGCAUGGCUCUUUUGAUAAAACCUCAAAGGAACAAGGAUCCUUCGGACAAAGAAUGAAGAAAACGACUUCGUUUGAACAAAGCAUAAAGAAAACAACCGUGUUUGAAAACACCACAAAGAAGUCGGCCUCAUUUGAUAGAAGUUUGAAGAAAGAACCUUUCUUAGAUAGAACGUUGAUGAAAGAGGCAUCCUUCGACAGAACAUUGAGGAAGCAGGGCUCGUUUGAACGCAGCUCCAGUCCUUCUAGCCUGGAUGGGAGGAAGCCUUGGGGUAGCCCAAGCAGGAGCCCCAGCCGCCCCGCCACCCCUCCCUGGUCCCCCAGGAGACCAGCCCCCUCCUCCCCCGCCAAGACCAGCUCCAGACCUCCCUCCUCCACCUCUCCAGCCAAGGCCAGCAACCAAGCCUCCAGCCAGGACCGCAGCGACUCCCCACAGAGGGGUACCACCAGUGGCCUCAAAGCACCUAGUAAGGUAUGUGUAAUCAGCAGCAUCCCCAAACCCAUCUCCCCUCAGCCACCUCCACCUGCGGACCCUAGGAGGGCCUCUCCUCACAAACCCAAACCCGCCCGUCCAAAGAUCAUCACGUACGUCCGUAAGAACCCCCAGGUGAAGUCCCAGGGGACGGAGGUUGACCCAAAUGAAGCCUUGACACUCCCUCUCCGCCUGUCCUCUCCCCACCCCAGCCCUCCUACAGCCCACAGGAAGCCCCACAAGACAGGGCCCCAUUCUAAGGCCUCACAGGUGCUCUGCUCCUCUAAUAUACUAUUUGAUAAGUACCGGCAGGAGAUGGAGAAGGCAGGAUACUUUCCCCCGGGUACCGGCAUGACGUCGCUGGGCAUCAAACCUCCCAGCCACCCUCCUCCUCACAACCUCUCUUUGAACUCUGAGAGCUUUCAUGGGGAACUGCCUGACAGAUACAUGCAUGAGUUGGCUCCAGCACCUUCACAGCUGGGUCCCCAGGAGGGGACAGGCCUCUACCGUUCCCCCAGGCCCAGAGGGCCCCAGCUGGGGUUAGGGGUCGUCACCCGGCAGCCUGCUGCAGCCAAGAACAGGACUAUGUUCCAGGGCCAGACCGGUCAGAGGUCAGGGGUCGUGACCCUCAGCCAUCCAGGACAGCAGCAGGCACCGCCAGGGAACAACCAGGGAAACCACGACUCCACAGAAAAUACUGAAAUACAGGGGGUGGAGAUCGGGGUGCCCUGGGAGAAUUCAACGGCAACCAUGGACCUCCGACCGAGAGGCAAGAAGGACGACCAAAACGUUGUUGAUUCCCAAGAUAACGAUAACGCUACAGCUAGCAAGAUUAGCACUAGCCCUCAUAACUCAGACGACAGUUCCAGACUGUUGCUCUCAGCAGCCUCUUGCGAGCCUGCCGACAUGCUGGCUACUCUCCUCCGGGAAAUUCAGGAUGGUAACAGAGGUCUUUCUCUGAAAAUCGAUAAGAAAUCGUCUGAACUCCAUUCUUCCAUUGACGACCUGAAAUCCUCCAUGAAUGAUCUCCUUUUGAGAACGACUGAGGCAGAGUUGCGCAUUAGCACAGUUGAAGAUACCAUCGCUAGACACGACCAGGUCUUGAUACAACUGCAAAAGGACAAUACUUUCAAAAACAAAGUAGAUCAGAUGGAGAACCAGAGUAGACGUAGUAAUAUCCGUGUGGUGGGAUUGAAAGAGGACAGCGAGGGCCGUGACCCGGUCCGUUUCUUCACUCAAUGGAUCCCGGAGGUCCUAGGCAUAAUCAACUUCACCAAGCCGCUGGAAAUCGAACGCGCCCACAGAACAUCAGCGCCGAAACCCCGGCCAGAUGAGCCCCCACGAGCCGUCCUGAUCAGGUUCCUCCGUUUCCAAGACAGAGAGAAGAUACUGCAACUCGCAAGAGCCAAAGGGGACAUCACCAUCGAUGGAAAGAGGGUCAGCCUUUUACCAGAUAUGAGCGCGGAUCUCGCCAGACGCCGCAAGCAGUUCAGACCUGCCGCCAAAGCACUGAAGGAGAAGAACAUCACCGGCUACCUCAUCCACCCUGCGCGGAUGAAAGUUCAGUACAAAGGCCGAAGCCAUCUCUUCAACACACCGGGAGAAGUGCACACUUUUCUCAAAGAACUGAACUACAAAGGUAAACCCAGCAGCGCACUGCCAAGUGACGCGAUCCUACAAGCCUUUUAUGCCCGCUUCGAGGCAAGCAACACUGAAGCAUGCAGGAGAGCACCAGCUGUCCCGGACAACUGUGUGAUCACGCUAUCCGUAGCCGAUGUGAGCAUGACCUUUAAACAGGUCAACAUUCACAAGGCUGCGGGGAAGGACGCAGACCAGAGGACGCCAGGUCCAGAGACCACUGUGGCCAGGACCCUGCUGCCUAAACCGGGUCAGUCUCGUCUGCGACCCCCAGGCUUCUCAGCCUUGCCACCUGCCCGUCUGGUCGCCUUCGGCUUUGUACGCAGCUCCAGUGUCUCCUCGGUUUCCAGCAACCAAACGACAGUGAGCAACCACAGCGACCCCUGCCGACCCUCCCAACGUCCAAGCAGUGGUAGUGAUGACAUCCCCCUUCACCUGUCCCCUGUGCCCCCCAGCCAGAGCAGCCCCCAGCCCCCCAACGCCCCUGCCCUCCACCGCCGCUCCGUGCUGCCCCCGGCCCGGGUCUCUCCCACAGUCCGAGGUAGACCAGCAGAUCGUGGUGGUUCAGGGUCAGGAGUCGGAGGUCAGGAGUGUGAGCGUGCCCUGGUGCAGAAGCUGAGAGAGCGCUGUGAGGACCAGGCUCGACAGCUCCUGUCUCUGCAGGCUGAACUGAAGAGGGCUUCUCUUGGACUAGAGGUGUUUGCCAUUACUACACAGCACUUCUGCCACAAGAGUGAGAGUGCCAUCCUGAAGGAGAGGGAACUGUCCCUGGAGCUUGCCAGGAUCAGGGAUGAAGUGGCCUCAAGUGUGUCGCGGUGGGAGAAUCUGCAGCAGGACAAGGGGGAGUUGGAGCGGAGGUUUGAGCGGGAGCUGGAGGGUCUGCGUGCCCAGCAGCAGAGUGAGCUGGGCCGGCUGGAGGAAAGACUGAGGCAGUAUCACAGCCUAGAGAUACAGCGCCUGGAGGCCCAACGACAGGAGCAGCUGGAGAGACUGAGGACACAGCAGCUGGAGCAGAUGGAGGAGGUGACGGAGAACCAUGAGGAAGCUCUGAUUGAAAUGGAGAACAACCACAACGACACGCUGGUCACUCUCAAGGAGGAGCAUGCCAGGACUGUCAAAAACCUGAAGAUGGCCCAUGAGCAGCAGAGGAAGUCAUUGGAAGAGGACUUUGAGAAGCUCAGACUGUCGCUGCAGGACCAGGUGGACACGCUGACGUUUCAGAACCGCAGCCUGAGAGACCGAGCCAAGCGCUUUGAGGAGGCUUUACGCAGGAGCACCGACGAACAGAUAGUGGAUGCUCUGGCUCCAUACCAGCACAUUGAGGAGGAUCUGAAGAGCUUGAAGGAAGUUCUUUUAAUGAAGAAUCAACAGAUCCACGAACAGGAUGUCAAGAUCUCGGAGCUGGAGAGAAUGCAGGCCCAAAAGAACGUGUUCCUGGAGGAAAGGGUGCAGAUGUUACAGCAGCAGAACGAAGACCUGAGGGCCAGGAUAGACAAGAACCUAGCCAUGUCCAGACAACUCUCGGAAGAGAACGCCAACCUCCAGGAGUCAAUGGAGAAGGAGAGCAACGAGAAGAAACGCUUGAGUCGGAACAACGAGGAGCUGCUGUGGCGUCUGCAGAGCCCUCACAUGUCCCCCACCGGCUCCCCCAUCCACCGAGGCUCUCCCAUCCUCCACUCCUCCAACACCUCCUCCCCUGGUCACCACCGUUCGUCCGCUGGCCCUGGGUCACCCGCACGACCGCACUCCUACCACCAAUGAGACGCCUCUCCUCAAUGCCUCCCCAUCGUCUCCAUUUCCCUAAUCUCCUUUUCCAGACGAGGAGGGGGAUGAUGGAAGAGCAUUUCUUCCUCCCACUACAUCCCUUCGUCCAUCCACUGACUUCGUCCAUUCACUGACUUCAUCCAUCCACUGACUUCAUCCAUCUGCUUACUUCAUCCAUUUAUUGAUUUCAUCCGUCCACUGACUACUUCCAUCCACUGACUUCAUCCAUCCACUGACUUCAUCCAUCCACUGAUUCCGUCCAUCCACUGACUUCAUCCAUAUGCUGACUUCAUCCAUCCGCUGACUUCAUCCAUUCAUUGAUUUCAUCCAUCCACUGACUUCAUCCAUCCCCUGACUUCAUCCAUUCAUUGAUUUCAUCCAUCCACUGACUUCAUCCAUCCACUGACUUCUUCCAUUUAUUGAUUUCAUCCAUGUAUUGAUUUCAUCCAUCCACUGACUUCAUCCAUCCACUGACUUCAUCCAUUUAUUGAUUUCAUCCAUCCACUGACUUGUCUUGGGAAGUCCCUCUCCCUUUUUUUUAAUAUGGAGGACGGAGGAACUUCUUCUUCUACCCACAACGUCUCUCCUUCCAUCCAUUCAUCCCUGGAACUCUGGGACUUUUCAUCCAUCAUUUUUCAUCUUAAAUUUUUAU